AUGGACGUAGCAUCAAUAAUGGCCUCUCACGUGGUCUCGGCAACUCCAUCUCCUGCCAAUGUGGUCCUCCAAGCAUCUUCUCACGAAGCUGCUGCACCACCGGUUGCCACGUUCCUCUCUGCACCCGCAUCCGAGGCCAUGACGAACGCUGAAGCCUUGACUAUGCAAGCGAUGGAUCGGUCUGUGAGCAUCAACGCUCUUCCACCGAUGUCGCUCGACAGGACACAAGUCGGAUCGCAAUUGCUCACGUCGUCCGCGUCGUCGUCAUCCCUCCUCCCACCAAGCAGCCCCUCCGUCCCUCUUCUCCGACGAGUCUCCAUGGAGAACCUGUUCCAGCAAGACGCGGUCGUCACUGCGCCGCCGCUCACUCCUCGUCCGCCAUUGGAGCCGCUUGACAUUCCCGCCAAAGAUGCGCAACGUCUCGCUCGCGGGCUCCGCGCGGAAGUGGUGCUGGAGGCGGAGGAGAUCCUUCGAGGAAAUGACCGUGGAGGCUACACGAUCCCGGCCAAGGGGCUGUACCCGUACCAGUGGAACUGGGACUCGGGACUCGUGGCCAUCGGCUGGUCGGCCGUGGACCACGAGCGCGCGUGGGAGGAGAUGCGGCGGCUGUUUUCCGCGCAAUGGGCGGACGGCAUGGUGCCGCACAUCGUGUUCCACCAGCCCAGCCCCACGUACUUCCCCGGCCCCGAAAUCUGGGGCACGGCGGAGAGCCCUCGGAACAGCACCGGCAUCACUCAGCCACCGAUUGCGGCAACGGCUGUUCGGCAACUGCUUGAGCGAAGCAUGGGCGGGGACGUUGCUGACGGUGUGGCUUGGAACGGCGGCAGCUUGGCGGACGAUCGGAGCAGCUACAGCUUGCAGCAGGCGGAGGAGCUGUUUCCGAAGCUGAUGGCGUACCACCGGUGGUUCCACAUGGCGCGGGACCCGCAAGACACGGGGUUGGUGGCGACGCUGCACCCGUGGGAGUCGGGCAUGGACAACAGCGUCGCGUGGGACGUGCCUUUGCGGAACGUGCCCGUGGACGACAUCCCCGCGUACACGCGCAGGGACUUGGGCCACGUCGACGCGUCCAUGCGUCCCACACAGGCGGAGUACGACCGCUACCUCACGCUGCUGUACCGUUUCCGCGCCGUGGAAUACGAUCCCCACCAGCUCUACUACCUGUCGCCUUUCCGGGUGACCGAUGUGUGCACUAACUCUCUCCUUCACCGUGCCAACCUCGACCUUCGCUGGCUCGCCGUCACCCUCGGGCGCUCAGACGACGCCAUGGAGAUCGACCAGUGGCUGCAACGCUCCGCCGCUGCCUUCCCCUCGCUUUGGGACGAGUCGAGUGGCAUCUUCCGCUGCCGCGACCAGCUCACAGGGGAGUUCCUCGAUGCCGCCACGUCAGCAGGCUUUUUGCCGCUGUUUGCUCGUGCGGCAACACCCGAACAGGCGGAGGCACUGGCAGGGACUCUGUCGACGUGGCUGGACCAAGUGGAGUACGGCGUGCCGAGCCUGGAUCCCGCCGACGCGCGUUUCGACCAGCUGAGGUACUGGAGGGGGCCAGUGUGGGCGAUCGUGAACUACAUGGUGACGGACGGGCUGAGGUUCUACGGCUACGAGGACCUGGCGAUGCGAGUUGAGGCGAGCACCCGGCGGUUGAUGAACGAGCACGGGCUGUAUGAGUACUACGAUCCCAUCACAGGGCAGGGCGCUGGAGGCAGCCACUUUUCCUGGACUGCUGCCAUGGCGUUGGCUUGGCUCAACCAGACGGACGGGUCAGCCAUGGCGGGGUGA